UCUCGAGAUCUCUAAACUCUUUAAACCAGUUAAACCCAAAGAAUCUCAUUCUCGUCUUCCAAACCUUAAAAAAUUACAGAAACUCGAGACCUUCUGUCCCAAUCAUGGCCAACUACAGACGAGCCAAGCUCGCCGUCGACGCCUUCCGCGGCUUCACAUCAACAACUCUAACCAAACCAGACCCCAUCUCCAGACUCUUCUCCACAAAGCCUCCAUCUUUGCCCUCAAACCCACCUAAGCUUCCUGGGUUCUCCCCCCCUCAUUCCAUCUCACACAACCCAAUUCCCCGAAUCCAAAUCAACCCACUUCUCGCCAAGAGAUAUUACCACGUCGACCGCCGCCAAGUGCAGCAUUUCCGGCGGAGGGGCCCGCACCGGUGGGCCGACUGGUUCAAAGACCCUAGGAGAGCGUUGGUAACUAUAGUAGUGGGUGGUGGGGUGUUUAUAACUGUGUACUUUGGGAGCAUAGAGACUGUGCCUUAUACUAAGCGCAGGCAUUUUGUGAUUCUGUCGUCAAAUAUGGAGAGACAGUUGGGAGAGAAGCAGUUUGAGGAGAUGAAAGCUGGUUUCAAGGGGAAGAUUCUGCCUGCGAUUCAUCCGGAAAGCGUGAGGGUUAGGAUGAUUAGUAAUGAGAUUAUUGAUGCAUUGAAGAGAGGGUUGAGGCAUGAUAAGGGGUGGAGUGACAUUGGUUAUGCAUCAGAGGAGUUUGACCCGAAGUUCGAGGGGAAGGGGAGUGAGGCAAUGCAGAUGUUGAUGGAGGGGGAGGAGGGGAAGGUGGAGGGGAAGUGGUCGAGGGAGGAUGAGAUACUUGAUGAUAAGUGGAUUGAGAGUUGUAGGAAGAAGGGUCAGGAGAGUGGUGCUAAGGACGCCACUUCGCAUUUGGUUGAUUUGAAUUGGGAGGUUUUGGUGGUGGAUCAGCCGAUUGUCAAUGCGGUUUGCUUGCCCGGUGGGAAGAUUGUGGUGUUUACAGGGCUGCUCAAGCAUUUUAGGAGUGAUGCCGAGAUUGCUACGAUCAUUGGCCAUGAGGUUGGGCAUGCUGUGGCUCGACACUCUGCAGAAGGCAUCACAAAGAACCUGUGGUUUGGAAUCCUGUCACUGAUUCUGUAUCAGCUCAUUUCACCUGAUGUUGUCAACCCAUUAUCCAAUCUUUUGUUGAAGCUUCCUUUUUCCCGAAGGAUGGAAUUGGAAGCGGAUCACAUUGGGCUGUUGUUGAUUGCUUCUGCUGGUUAUGAUCCAAGAGUGGCUCCGACUGUGUACGCAAAGUUGGGCAAAAUCUCUGGUGCAAAUUCUGCUAUGAUGGAUUAUCUUGCUACUCAUCCAUCCGGGAAUAAGAGAGCUGAAUUGCUGGCUCGAGCUCACAUCAUGGAAGAGGCACUAGCUAUAUAUCGCGACGCAAGAGCAGGACGAGGGGCUGAAGGGUUUCUUUAGGUCAAUUCUAUUCGUUUUUAUUUUCGUCAAACUUAUUUAUUUAUUCAUGAUUGUGUAUUAGGAAUAUGACAAAUACGAAAUGAAUAGAUAGACACUGAACAAG